AUUGUGUACAGUACAGUACUGAAUUGCUAACUUGGUCGUGGGGCCGUUGAGGGGAGCAGACAAAAUGCUGAUCAAGGAAUAUCGUAUUCCUAUGCCUCUCACCGUCAACGAGUACAGAAUCGCUCAGCUGUACAUGAUACAGAAAAAAAGUAGAGAAGAAAGCAACAGUUCUGAAUCACGAGUUGAAAUUCUUGUCAAUGAGCCAUAUGUCAAUGGUCCAGGAGGCACAAAUGGACAGUAUACACACAAAAUCUAUCAUGUUGGCAGUCAUUUGCCAAUGUGGCUCAGAGCCUUUCUUCCCAAAUCUGCAUUGAGGGUUGAAGAGAAGGCAUGGAAUGCAUAUCCUUAUACUAAAACUCGGUUCACAUGUCCAUUUCUCGAGAAAUUUUCAAUAGAGGUUGAGACAUAUUACUAUCAAGAUGCUGGAACUCAGAACAAUGUGUUUGAUAUGUCUCGUGAUGACCUUCGUCAAAGGCCGCUGGAGUUUAUUAAUAUUACAGACGAUUUGCCGUCAAGUCAUUACAAACGUGAAGAAGAUCCUUUGUACUUUGUCUCAAAGAAAUCGGGUCGUGGUCCUCUCAGUGCCAAGUGGCUGGAAGAACAACAUGAUCAAGUCAUGUGCUCAUAUAAACUUUGUAAAGUUGAGUUUCGGUAUUGGGGAAUGCAGUCUCGAGUUGAACGUUUUAUUGAUGAUAUUGCUUUGCGGAGAACUAUGUUGCAAGCUCAUCGUCAGGCUUGGUGCUGGCAGGAUGAAUGGUUGGGAUUAGAAAUGGCAGACAUUCGAAGAUUGGAGAGGGAAACUCAAACUGCCCUUCAAGGUUUAGAAGAAGUAGAAGCAGAAGAAGCUGUAUCAUGCGAAGUGAAAACUAAUGUAACCACAGACAGUCAGCCGCCUGCAAACAUUGACAACCAUCAGGUAUCUGAUGUUCUAGAUCGUCGUUCUGGCAGUAUUAAGUCACAACAAUCAGGUAGAAGGAAACGACGAAAAUCAUCUUUACUGCUAGCAGAGAACUUGCAGGCAACAAAUUCAACUGAUGUUCGUGAUCACAACACAUCAUUACCAAGAGCUCUCAUCAUUCGCAGAGAGUCAAGUAGACAAGGCUCUCCAUUGAAAGGUACUGGUCACCAAGCUGCAGAAGAGUCUCUAGAAGCAGAAAUGGCACUUAUUAGGAUGGAUGCCAUUGAGAUGGGGAGCACAAGCGGAUCUGACUCAGACUCAGAUGUCUACUACGAUGCACAAGAAGAAGUGAGCGAAGAGCUACAAGCGCUGUCUUUGCCUUCAUCUAUAAGUACUGAGUGGAGAGCAGCUAACAAAAGAUCAAAACAGUUUGGUAGUAGUGAGGACAUCCACUCAUCAUCAGAUGAACUAGAAGACACCGUGGAUCCUUUGAUCAGUACACUUACUUCUGGGAAAAGCAGUGUGGACACUCUUGUGUUAGUAUUUCACGGAGGCAGUAUCAUCGAGACUAACAGUGACAGGUUUGCUAAGAAUGUAGACUGCCAAACAUUGCAACAAACAUUCCACCAGAUAGUAAAUAAGCACUAUCAGUUUUCCAAAGGACGAAUUGCAUUUCGACUGGUUGCUUGUCCUCCUAUCUGCAAGUCGGCUGUCGAGCUUAUGUCUAGUGUCAGUCCAAUACAAGCAAGCAGUGGUGUAGCUGCUACUCGUUUGCCACUGGAAUUAAUGUCAAUUUUUGCAGUUUCUCAACCCGAAUACCAAGAGAUUGUGGGCGAUGUAGUAGUCACUGCCAAUGACGUUUUCGAAGAAUUUCUUCAGAGCGAGGAAGGUCAAAACUUUGUUGGACAUGUCUGCAUAAUUGGAGACUGUAUGGGUGGUGUAUUAGCUUAUGAUGCUCUUUGCAAUCGUAAUUUGUUGUUCAGUGAUGCACGUUCUAGCAGCCCAUCUCCCAUUUGCAGUGUCAUUAGUCGCAGCUCUUCCUGCAGCAGUCUUGGUCCAUCAGCAUCUCCUCAACCAGGAAAGGCUACUGAUUUGUCGUAUUUGGAAGGACCAAUGAAAGCGAGUGUAUCAUCAAAUUAUCAGUCAGUCAGUCCUGUACGUAAGCGACUGAAGGCAGACAUCAAUUCUUGUCCAGGACUUGAGCAAUCAACUAAACAACUUGAAGUUGGGUCAGGAGUGAUCAGUCAAGGAGAUGGAGCGCUGUCUCUUGUAUUUGAAGUUAGUGAUCUGUUCGUGUUGGGAUGUCCACUAGGUCAUGUUAUUGCACAUCGACAACUAUCUCAACCCACAGCUGGCCAUCCAUUUCGGCCACACUGCUCAUCAGUGUAUAAUUUAUUUCACACAUGGGAUCCUGUAGCAUGUCGUGUGGAGCCUCUUCUUGACAAUCGCUUUUCAUCACUCUCACCCGUGUCUGUUCCACAGUACGACAUUUUUCCAUUAGGAGAUGAAAGUUUACACAAAAUUUCAAACACAAUCCAUUCUCAUCCUGAAAUCUUUGCAUGUCAUGAUGCUAAUUUGAUGUCAGCAGCAGUGCCUUCAGUGCAAGUUGAUGUUGUAGCAUCCCAUACACACAAGCCAAGUGAACGCAGUUCCCAUAGCCUAGAAUCCAAGGAUCAACCACUCAGUUCAGUGUCAGUGUUUGGGGACAUUGGUGAUGUCAUGGUGUGGUGGAGUGAUGAGAGACUAGAUUACGUGGUCUACUGUCCCGAGGUUGUUGAGUCAUUUCCUCGUAUGACUGUUCCUACUUGGAUGCAUGUAAGCUAUUGGGAAUCAAGAGAUGUGGCAGCAUUUAUUGUUCGCCAGAUUCUGCAGCAUAAUUAUGUGAGUGAUACUGAGCCAACAUCUGUCACUCACAGUGAUGUGCCAUUCGUUCCUGUGCAACCUCGAGAACACUGGAAUCAUAAACGAGCGGGCUAUAAGAUUGGUGGUCUUUCUGCAUAUCAUCGAGGUUAUGAUGUGGCCGUACUUGAGUCUCAGCCACAGAUAGUGUCAGCUCGAUUCAGUUACGGUCUACUUGAUCUCGUGUCACUGAUUGAUGAAACAAUUGAUGUCUUUGUGCUAAGUCCGAGUGUGGAUGACUGGGCCCAUGUGGGUUCUUCCAAUACAGACAAGAAAGGUCGUUUUCAGUUUACAGUACCACAAGAUAGGCAACUUCCCUGUGGGAUACAUGAAGUGAAGAUGCUAGUUCGUGGUGAUCACACAGUUGCUAAUUGCUCUCUACUAGUGCUACAGCCUGCUGUUGAGGCUGUCGUCUUUAGCAUCGAUGGCUCAUUUGCCAACAGUAUGUCAAUCAGAGGAAGAAACCCCAAACUGAGAUCAGGAGCUGUAGAGGUUGUUAGACUGUGGCAAGAACUUGGUUAUCUAAUUAUAUAUGUUACUGGGCGACCUGAUAUGCAGAAGCAAAAUGUCAUGAUGUGGCUGGCACACAAAAAUUUUCCUUAUGGCAUUGUCUUCUUUUGUGAUGGAUUGGCCAGGGACCCACAGAGACAUAAAGCUGCAUUUCUACAAAGUCUCCAGGAUGAGGCAAAAGUCAAGAUCUGUUCGGCAUAUGGUUCGAAGAAGGAUAUAAAAUUGUAUCAAGAGGUUGGUCUCAAACCAACACAAAUCAAAAUUGUAGCAAAGAGCAAAAUGGGCAUGAGGAAGGCUCUUAAGCAAGAUCAAGUGCAGGUGGUUGAAGAUUAUGGCAAGCAUCUAGAGUAUUUGCAAGCACAUUCGUGUCCCUCUUCAAGCCCAAGGAUUCCAGUGCGAAAGACAUCAUUUUUACCAUUGAAAGUGUGCUCAUCAAAGAAGUACAAAAAACCACAAGUCAGUAGUAGAACUCAUCAAAAAGGUGCUACAUCAUUGGUAUCUUCUAAAGCUCCACAAAGGAUGUCAGAAACAACUGUUUAGAGUGUUUGUUUGGACUGUAGUGAUAGCACCAACAUGGCAUCUUUAUAGGGGAAGAACUAGGUCAAUUAUUGAUUAAUUAAUAGUAAUUAAUUAAAGAAUUAUGAACCUGGUGUAAGUAACUAUAUAAAUACAGUUGGCUGUGUUAUACAGUCAAGUAA